AUGGAUAUUGUGUCUUGUAUAUUGCUGUGUCUCAUACUGUUAAUUGUCGGAUACUUUGGCAUACACCAGACCUAUUGGUGGAGAAAUGGAAUUAAAGGACCACGUGGUCUACCGUUCAUUGGAAGUUUCUAUGAGGUAGCGGAUGUUAACCAUCCCCGCGGGUUCGUUCUUCACGAAUGGACAAAAAAAUUUCGUGAGGUGUACGGAUACUAUGAGGGAACUAUUCCAGUUCUCGUUGUCAGUAACCUGGGUAUGCUACAGGAACUUUUAUCAAAAAAGUUCGAUAAUUUCUACGCCAGGAAACUCACCAACAUGAUUCAUGGAGAUAUGGAGAGCACAGCAGAAGAACCACUUGUUAAUCUUUUUGUUUCUCGUGGUUCACGAUGGAAAAGACUGAGAGCUCUAGCGACAGAAGGGUUCACUUCGAAAUCUUUGAGGCAGAUGCACGACACCAUGGAGGAUAGUGCCAUCAAUAUGGUGGAUCUCAUGUUGAAACAUGAAGAUGGAGCAGCAUUCAAUAUUCAUGAGUACUUCCAGGAAUUUACUUAUGACGUCAUCUCGCGGCUGGCUAUGGGGCAACCCAAUUCUGAACUUUUCAAAAAUUCCGGAAUAGCUAUGACUAAAUCGGUCUUAUUGAGAACCCAUCGUGUUUUCCCUUGGUACCUGGCUGUCAUGUUUCCGAAAUGGCAGUACUGGAUCAAAAAAGUGUUUUACAACCAUGAAAAUAUCCGAGGUGGUGAUGUUGGAAAACUUUUCAUGUACUGUGCAAAAGCAGUGACCACGAGAAUGAAGGAGAGGGCUGAAAAUUCAAAAUUAGGGAUCGAGAAUGCUGAACAGGAUUUUAUUGAUAUGCUUUUGAAAAAGUUAACCGAGAAAAUUGAAGAUACUGAGUAUGGAACGUCUAUUGAGAAAAAAGCUACUGUGGAAGAUGUUGUUGGCUCUUGUUUUGUCUUCCUACUCGCAGGGUUUGACACCACCGCUAACUCAUUGGGAUACGCUGCAUAUCUACUAGCUCAGCAUCCUGAAAAAAUGAGGAAAGCUCAACAAGAAAUCGAUAAUGUUGUUGGAACUGGGAACGUUUCUUAUGACACAAUGCCAAAAUUAACAUACUUGGAAGCUAUAGUGAAGGAAACUUUAAGAUUGUGUCCAGUUGGGUGGUUCGCUUGUUCACGAGAAUGUGUCACCCCAACUACCCUUGGAAAUGUGAAACUUGACAAGGGAGUCAGAAUCGAAGCAGAUGUUAUGUCGAUUCAAAGAAGCAAGAAGAUUUGGGGAGAUGACGCCGAAAAAUUCGUUCCAGAGAGGUAA